AUGGUCUUUGAUCCAAAACAAAGACCAAAGUCUUCGGGCCGGAUGUCAAGCUGGGACGAGAUCACCUUGUGUUGUCCCGAUCUGGAGGCCAGUGAGCAGCUCAUUGCGUAUGACAAGAAGUGGAAUUCUUGGGUACAUUAUGCUCUCGAGUAUCCAACCUUUCAGGAGGAGCAUUCCAAAUUCAUGUUCGCUGUCAAUAACGGCACCCUCCUAUCAGACUGCGACCCGGCCUGGCUAUCUCUCUACUUUGGGGUGAUUACGAUUCGUAUUGUGCAAGCCGUUGCAGUACUUGGGAUGUGCUUCUACAACUUCGGCGACUCUGAGCUGAGCAGACAUUUAUGGAGCUGCGCCAUUCGUACUGCGCAGACUCUUGGGCUUGAUGGAUCUCGAGGUGGCGAUGUUCCAACUGAAAUGAGUCAGGAGGCUCAGCACAGGCUGUGGUGGACGCUUGUGAUAUGCGAAUGGCUCGCGGUUCCGUACCAUGUUCCACAGGUUGAUGAAGGUGACUUCAAUGUUCCACUCCCUUCGCGCGAUCCUCAGCAUGACAUACCUGGCGGUAUCCAGCCUGUCCAGUAUCACAUCUUCAUGGCACGAACAUCGAUCGUCUACCAUCGCUUUCGGUCAGCAUUGCGAGAGGGGUCACGACCGAUUGCAGAGGUUGUUCGACUAGCCGAUGACGAGCUAGCAGAGGUCAUCAACACUUUACCAGAGCACCUGCAACCAGACGGUGGUAAGCGCGAGAGAAUGCAAAACUUAGAGAUCGAACAUCCGUGGAUCAAAUGGCAGCGGUUCGACAUCAGUCUUGUGCUACUCCAUCAUCGCAUGCGCAUCAAUAGGGCGCUUCAAAAGGAGUGGAUGAUGUCUCCUGGGCAGUACGAGUGGGCAAGAACAGUCUGCAUCAGGUCCGCGAUGGACAUUAUCUGGAUCACACAUAACUGGGACCAGCCUGCUGCGAUGAGAAGACAAUGGGCAUUAUCUUUGCAUAUAUUUGUCGCCGCUGUAUUCCUGCUGAGAGAGUCUCGGAGGGCUUCUCCCGAUCUCGAGGUCGACUUCAGUGACGAAGUACAACUAACCAUACGAUACCUCGAUGAGGUCAAGUCCCGCAAUGCGAUCGCAGAUCGCGCAUCGGGCAUUUUGCGCGACUUUAUCAAGCAUAUGGAUGACCCAAUGUCUUGA